AUGGGCAAGUUUUCCACCGCUGCCGUUUCGGCUCUGCUCCUCGCCAGCAAGGUUGCUGCCCUCGACCCCAUCGUCACCAAGGGCUCCAAGUUCUUCUACGAGAACGGCACCCAGUUCUUCAUCAAGGGUAUUGCCUACCAGGAGGACCCCUCGGGUCUCGGUGGUGAGAACGAGGACGGAAAGUACAUCGACCCCCUUGCCGACGACGCCAAGUGCAAGCGCGAUGUCCCCAUCCUGUCUGCCGCCGGCACCAACACCAUCCGUGUCUACGCCAUCGACCCCAAGAAGGACCACACCAAGUGCAUGACCCUGCUCCAGGAUGCUGGUAUCUACGUCGUCGCCGAUCUUGGUGAGCCCAACACGUCCAUCAACCGUGACGACCCCCACUGGGAUGUCGCUGUCUGGGACCGCUACACCGCUGUCAUCGAUGAGCUCGCCCAGUACGACAACACCAUUGGUUUCUUCGCCGGCAACGAGGUCUCCAACAACGCCAGCAACACCGACGCCUCCGCCUUUGUGAAGGCUGCCGUCCGUGAUACCAAGGCCUACAUCAAGUCCAAGAACUACCGCUGGAUGGGCGUCGGUUACGCCGCCAACGACGACCCUGAUAUUCGUGGUCCCUCUGCUCACUACUUCAACUGCGGUCCUGAGGAGGAGGCCAUUGACUUCUGGGGCUACAACAUCUACUCCUGGUGUGGCGAGUCCUCCAUGCAAAAGUCGGGCUAUGACAAGCAGGUCGAGUUCUUCAGCAACUACUCUGUUCCCGUCUUCCUUGCCGAGUACGGCUGCAACGUCCCUGACGGUGCUGAGGGCCGUCUCUUCCAGGACACCACUGCUCUGUACUCAGACGAGAUGAGCGAGGUCUUCUCCGGCGGUAUCGUCUACAUGUACCACCAGGAAGACAACGACUACGGCCUCGUCAAGUUCAAGGGUGAUAGCAAGGCUGAGGUCAUGAAGAACUACAAGGUCCUCUCUUCGCGCGUCAACGCCGCCACUGCCUCCUCCACCGCUAGCGCCAACUACGAGCCCACCAACAGCCCUGCCGUCUGCCCCGACCUGGGCGAGAACUGGCAGGUCAGCUCCAACGGUCUGCCUCCUACUCCUGACCAGGAGCUUUGCGAGUGCAUGUUCAACAGCCUGUCCUGCAACGUCAAGUCUUCCGUCAGCGUCAAGGAGUAUGGUGAGAUCUUCGGCAACAUCUGCGGUAACAACCCUGCAGUUUGCGCUGGCAUCUCUACCAACGCCACCAUUGGCGUUUACGGUGCCUACUCCAUGUGCAACGCUACCCAGAAGCUCGGCUUCGUCAUGAACCAGUACUUCGAGGCCCAGAACAGUGCCGCCAGUGCCUGCAACUUUGACGGCAACGCUGAGCGCAUCUCUUCUCCUUCUGCUGCCUCUUCUUGCAACAGCAAGCUCUCCGCUGCCUCCUCCGUCAACGCUGUUGCCGCCACUGCGACCGCCGCGCCUGCUCGUGGCACCAACGGCGGCAGCAGCAACGCCGACGACAACGCGAGCUUCGGCCUCACCAACCGCCGCAUGGAGCAGGCCUUCUCUGUCGGCGACUACGCCGUCGGACUGUACGUCGUCCUCGCGGCCGCCGUCGGCGGUGCCAUGGUCGUGCUCUAG